AUGGCCAUCAGCCCUGGGGAAGCGCGAGCCUCCGCCCUGAACCAGUACUGCCACAAGUACUGCUCCCGUCCCGUGACCAAGGACGACGUAGUGUACACGAAGACGAAGCAGUUCCAGGCCAUCGUCAAGCUCAACUGCAUGGGCGGCCAGGAGUACGCUGGCGAUGUGUGUGAGACGUCCAAGGAGGCAGAGAAGGCCGCGGCGUUCCAGGCGCUCGAGGCGUACAAGAGCGUGCCACUUCCUUCACCGCCGCCCCCGGGGGGCAGGAAGAACAGGGUCCCCACCCUGCAGACCAGGAGCGUCGACCCCGCCACGGGCGAGCUGGUGGAGAACGACGAGUUCGGAGAUGAAGAUAACCCCGCGUUGACGAACAAGGUGAAGCUCAAUGCCCUGUACAUGAGGAUCGUCAAGAGGGCCCUGCUCAAGGGCGAGACCGUCUACGAGUGCCAGCCGCUGCUGGAUAUCGACGGGCAGGUCGCGGGCUUCGUCGCCACCGUCCGCUUGUCCUCCUUGCCGGGCGAGUGGAGCGGCAGGGCGUUCCAGGGCGAUUUCUGCCAGAACAAGCAGGAUCG